GAGAAAAAAAGAGAUGGCGUCAGAGGAAAUCCGAAAUGUUUCUGAAGGAUAUCCAAUGAAAGGUGGAGAUGGCCCCGAUAGCUAUGCCAAGAACUCUACUUACCAGAGAAAAGCAAUGGAGUCUGUUAAAGAACUUGUUACCAAAGGAAUUGCAGAAAAGCUUGACAUAGACCUUUUGUUACCUUCCAACUCCUUUCACAUUGCGGAUCUUGGUUGCUCUGUUGGUCCUAAUACAUUUUCUUCAGUUGAAAACAUACUUGAAGCUGUACAGAUGAAGUUUCAAAGCCAAGGACUCAUGAAUCACCAAAUCCCUGAAUUUCAAGUUUUCUUCAAUGAUCAUACCCCAAAUGAUUUUAACUUGCUCUUCAAAUCCCUCCCUUCCAACAGGCAAUACUAUGCUGCGGGAGUUCCAGGUUCUUUUUACGGUCGCCUAUUCCCUAGUGCUUCCAUUCACUUGUUUCACUCUUCUUUUGCUCUUCAAUGGCUUUCUAAAGUACCAAAAGAUGUAGAGGACAAAAACAGUCCGGCUUGGAAUAAAGGCCGGAUUCAUUACCUGGGUUCGACUGAUGAAGUAGUAAGGGCUUAUAAAGCUCAAUAUUCUGAGAAUAUGGGGUCUUUCCUGCAUGCGAGGGCAGAAGAACUUGUGUAUGGAGGACUACUGGUCCUUAUCAUUCCUGGCUACCCACAGGGUACCCCUCUUUCUCCUACCGUGGCGUAUUUGACCUUACAAGUCAUAGAAGCCUGUCUCAUCGACAUGGUCAGAAAGGGAGUAAUUAGUGAAGAGAAACUAGAUUCAUUCAACAUACCAAUGUAUUCCAUCUGCCCCCAAGAACUCGAAGCAGUUGUAGAACAAAAUGGAUCUUUUAGCAUAGAGACAUUGGAAACAAUACCUCAUGUUUUAGCAGAUGAUGCUGUCUUAAAUGCAAAACAACUUGCAGCUCAUGGAAGAGCCGUCUUGGAGGGACUCAUCAAACAGCAAUUUGGAAAAGAAAUCACAGAUGAGCUCUUCGACUUGUAUGGCAAGAAAAUGGAGAAAGAACUCUCCAUUUUUAAGCAAAGGAAGAGAACUAACUUUCUUGUCAUGCUGCGCAAGGCAAAAUGAUUUGCACAUACUCGGUCAAUCUUGAAAACCAAUGUAUCUG